AUGUCGCCGUCACAUGAUCGACAACAAUUUUCAAAUAAUUUCGUAAACGCAAAUAAUUUGGACAAAUCCAUGGAACGUUUUCUCCAAAACCUUUUUAUGUCAACAUACCAUAGACUAAAAAAACUAUGGCGUGAUUGUCAAAAUCAACUUGAACGUUUGCAAAAUGACAAUAAUCAAUUAAGAAUCCAGAAUGGAAAUUAUCAAAAUCAACUUGAACUUUUGCAAAAUGAAAAUAAUCGAUUAAAUGACAAUAACCAAGGAUUAAAAAUCCAGAAUGAAAAUAACAUAGCAGAAAUAAUCAACAUUAGGGAAAGAGAACUUGAGCAAUUAAGAAGGCAACAAGACUCAUACAGGGGAGGAAGCACAUCAAGAUGA